UCCUUCAAUCUUCUUCAUCACUCUCAUUUUCUCUUUCACUAUUUUCUUGUUCAAAAAUUUAGGGUUUCCUCAUUUUCUCUCUCCUCUUCCUCAAAAAUGGCCGCAGCUGAUGUCGAAUACAGAUGCUUCGUCGGCGGCCUUGCAUGGGCCACCGAUAGUCAAGCUUUGGAGAAUGCUUUUGCUCAAUAUGGAGAUGUCGUUGAUUCGAAGGUUAUUCUCGACAGAGAAACAGGCAGAUCUAGAGGAUUUGGAUUUGUGACAUUUUCAUCAAAAGAAGGACUCGAUGCCGCCAUUGAAGGAAUGAACGGACAAACACUUGACGAUCGUCAAAUCACCGUUAACGAGGCACAAUCUCGCAGCGGUGGAGGUGGCGGUGGUUUCCGCAGUGGUGGUGGCGGAGGAUACGGCGGCGGUGGUCGACGUGAAGGUGGUGGUGGAGGUUACGGUGGAGGAGGAAGCAGAGGAUACGGUGGUGGAGGUGGUGGUUAUGGCGGAGGUCGCCGUGAAGGUGGUGGCGGAGGAUAUGGAGGUGGUGGUGGUGACCGAUACUCUUCCCGUGGUGGUGAAGGAGGAGGAGGAGGAUGGAGAUCUUAAACUCUUCAAAUUGGUCGAGAUUAGUGUUUAGCUAAUGCUCCGGUUUGAUCUAUGUUAUCGUUACUGUUAUCGUUAUCGUUAUCGCUACUGUUACUGGUGUUAUGCUAGGUAGUAAGGUGGUGGUUGUGGUGGUGGAUUUAGUUAAGUUUAUGUAAUGGGUUAAAUGAAUUUUGAUAUGAAUGGAAUUAAAAGUAGGGUGUUCUGGAUGUUUGGUUACUUUGAGAGUGGGGAUGUAACUGUUAGUUUGUAAUUAAAAUGAGAGUUUCAGCCUUAGAAGUAAUGAAAAAUGAUUGAAUGCCAAAAAAGUGUUUGUUUCUUUGUGCUAA